GGAAUAGAAUUGUUAAGGGGCGGGCGGAGGAGGAAAUGGGCGAAGGGUUGUUGUGUGGUUGAUCCUGAGGGAGGAACGUCAUUGGUGAUAUUUUAGUGCGUUUGGGCAUUUAAUUUUCGUUUUAAGUCUUCAGUUACACUCUUUUCUACAGAUAAAGAAUUAUGGCACAGAGAGGAACAGCUCAGCGACCCAACGGCCAGGGAAAGAUCUGCCAGUUCAAGCUUGUUCUGCUUGGUGAAUCAGCAGUCGGAAAGUCUUCUCUCGUAUUAAGAUUUGUCAAGGGCCAGUUUCAUGAGUAUCAGGAGUCAACUAUCGGAGCUGCAUUUCUGACACAGACCGUAUGUUUGGAUGAUACCACAGUUAAAUUUGAGAUUUGGGACACGGCUGGUCAAGAACGAUACCACAGUCUAGCUCCCAUGUAUUAUCGUGGUGCUCAGGCAGCCAUUGUUGUUUAUGACAUUACAAAUCAAGACACAUUUGGUCGUGCUAAGACCUGGGUGAAGGAACUUCAACGGCAAGCUUCUCCGAACAUUGUUAUUGCCCUGGCAGGCAAUAAAGCAGAUUUAGCCAACAAGAGGAUGGUUGAAUAUGAAGAGGCCCAGACCUAUGCAGAAGAAAACUCCUUGCUUUUUAUGGAGACCUCUGCUAAGACUGCUAUGAAUGUCAAUGACAUCUUCCUGGCAAUAGCAAAGAAACUGCCAAAGAGUGACAGUACUGCAAGCGGUUCUCCUAGGGGUGAUGUCAGCCUGUCCAAUAACCAGCCAGCACAGGGCACUGCUGGAUGUUGCAAGUGAUCACCUUUAGCAAAGGUGGAACAUUGUGAUGCUAGUGUAAGUUAUGAUAUCCAGCUGCUGUUAGCUCACGUUUCCCCAUUGGACUUGAAGAUUGCAUCAUUCCUGGGUUCAAAUUUUUGCAUGGGUCUCAACUUUUAGAAAAUUUAACAGAUGAUGGAAACUUAGUCACCCUUUUGUUAUUUCUUAUGUGUCAGGUUUUGAAAUAGGAAUACCACAUUUAACUGGUACUCAUUAAUACGUGUGUGAUUAAUUUGUAUAAAAAAAUUGUAAUCCAAAAGGUAAUUAAUUUGUGCAUCUUUGAAUCACAUGAGGAUCCUCUUAGGCUUCUUGGCAGUAAGACAAUUUACCAAGAGGGUACCUCUUGUUAAGAGCUUGUAAAUCUUUUAAGUUUAUUGUAAUUUUAUAACUUGAUUCAUUUGUUAUUGGUUUCAGUUGCACACUGUAUUGUCAUUCCCAUUAUUUAUCGAUUCUUGUAGCUAAUAUUCCCUAACCCACCCAUCUUGCAAAUAUUAAGUGUUAGACAUUUUUAAGAAAACAAAAAAAAAAAAAUCAUGGACACAAUAGGUUCACAAUGUGGUUAGAGUGGUUUAUCUUGCAUUCUCACAAAAGUCAUGUAUUGUGAGAUCUUAUGCCCCAGCGCUAAAAUCUGCUCACCAAAGUGGAAGGAGAGAAGAAUGUCAUGUUAAUAAAGGCUUAUCAGUAAUAUAUGGAAUGGUAGUUAAGUGUUGUACAGUAUAUUGACUGCAUGUCAUGUGUAUCAGGUUCACUACCCAUAACUCCAACCAUCAGUCUAACGAGGAGAACAUAAAGUGUGAGUCGUCACCACUGUUGAUUUAAAGCUAACAUGGUCAUACAUGGAACAGUGAGCGUUAAGGACUCGCUGCAUUUUUGUUCAUGGUAAAGCAUCACAUUUAAAAGUCCAGUCCCAUCUAAUGCUUGACCAUGAUUGGCCAUGUGAUAAUAAUGUAUAUUAUCUAUUUAAGUUUCUUUUUAUAAAGUAGGGAAGAAUUUCUAUGUCACUUGUAAAUUUUUGUUUUGUUUUUUGUUUAAUGUCAAAUAAUGGGCAGGAUUAGACUUGGGUAGCUAGACGGAUAGUUAGCAGCCAAUUAGUGAAAUUAGGAUUAUCAUGUUUAAGUGUCUGAUAGGGCAACUGCCUUUUAGAAGCCCUUUAUGUCUGGCAGGAUGUAUGUAUUAACCCAGUGAAAACAUUUGAGAAAAUUUUUAUUAUAACUGCAUAUCAAAGUGGCUUGCUUCAAUUAGUGCCCAAGUCUAAUCUGUCUGCCCUCCAUACCCCCUUUGCAUCCUGGUACAUGAUGAUGCUAAUGGCCAAUUAUCCCUUUUGCAUCUUGGUACAUGAUGCUAACUGGCCAAUUAACUAUGUGCUGUAAUGAACAAAAAUGCCUAGCUGUGGUGUGCCAUUAAAAAUAUCAUUCUUGCAGUCUCAUGUUUUUAUCUUCAGAAUAUUUUGUAAGAGCCCUCAGUAUUGUAUUAGAAAUAUAGGUAUAAUUUUCAUCUUAUACAAUGCUACUCAAAGUAUAUAAUUUUACAAGCUUAUUAAAAGCAUGCUCUUCUGACUUGAUGGUCAGACUGUAGGUCACCUGGCACGACCAUUGUGAGGCAUUUAACCCAUCGAUAUUUGGUAACACCAGCAUUCGUGAUCCUUGUGCAACUAGUCGAUGAGGUUUGUCUUUCCAUAUUUUUUUUAUAAUAAUUUUUUUUCUUUUCUUUCUUUCUUUUUUUUUUUUUUUUUUUUUUACUGAAGAUAACCUCAUUGAUAUUUUUGUUAAGGUCAAAGUUGAUUGGCAUGUCAAACUUGCUCUGCUCAGUUGUGCUUGGAAUUGCAAAUGUUCUUGUGCUUGAUUGAUGUGUGGCAACCACUUGGGAAAUUAUCUGCAAAAGUCAAGCCAGGCACAACUGAUCAUCUUUAUGUGUACACUCUGAACCCCAAAGUCAGACAGCAAUCUUGUACAGUUAAAGUACCUAUUAUAAAUAAUAAAAUUAUCAAAUUAGA